CGAAUGAUCGCUCCCUAUGCCUUAAAAGGGGCCUGACCAGCCCAUUUAGAGAACGCAUGCGCAUUAUCUACUUACUGUUGCCAGGCACAGCGAAGCGAGAAGUAGCGGAUACGUACUUCGUUCAUUGAAGUGUUGAAACACAGGACUCUCUGCAUGGCUGGAGAUGGGUGUGAAAUCUCUGAGCUUGAUCAGGAGAAGUAUGAUGCUGCUGAAAAUGUCAAGAUUAUCUGUCUUGGAGACAGUGCUGUGGGAAAAUCAAAGCUAAUGGAACGCUUUCUAAUGGAUGGAUUUCGUCCACAGCAGCUCUCUACAUUUGCGCUGACGUUGUAUAAGUAUUCCACCUGUAUUGAUGGAAACACUGUUCUUGUAGAUUUCUGGGACACAGCUGGACAAGAAAGAUUCCAUAGCAUGCAUGCUUCCUAUUACCACAAGGCCCAUGCCUGUAUAAUGGUAUUUGAUGUACAACGCAAGAUCACAUACAAGAAUCUUGGCAAAUGGUAUCAAGAGCUACGGGAAUACCGGCCAGAGAUCCCAUGCAUUGUUGUGGCCAAUAAGAUCGAUGCUGAUCUCAGAGUGACACAGAAAGGUUUUAAUUUUGCCAAGAAACACAAUCUGCCAUUUUACUUUGUAUCAGCUGCUGAUGGUACCAAUGUGGUUAAGCUGUUUAGAGAUGCAAUAAAGCUUGCUGUAUCCUACAAGCAAAAUUCUCAAGAUUUUUUGGAUGAAGUGAUGCGGGAACUUGAGAACUUUGAACUAGAGAAACAAGAGGCAGACGAUCUGUCAGAAAAAGACGACUUAUCAGAAGAUGGAGAGAAACCAAAGGCUGUGUGAAUACCAUUUAUCCAGGGUACAAUUUUUGCAACUAGAAGGCUUGGACUAGCUGCUACAACUAUAAAAUACAGCUAAUAUUGGUAAAGGUACAGCUGAAUGAAGCUGCUGUUUAUAUUGUUACAAGGCAAGGAGCCAAAGAGCAGUUAUCAUUACGUCAAGGUCUAUAUCAAAUCUAUUUCUUGAUCUCUAAGAAAUAGCAGAUAGUUGAUUUGGGUACAAAGUCCCCAGAGAUUGUGACAGUAGGUACUAAAAUAUAAUGUAUGACUUUUAGUGAGCCUUCUGACAAAAGGUGUUCUAACUGUAUUGACAUCAGUGAUCAGAUGUAAAGUUGUUAUUUUCUCCAGGACAUAGCAUUUGUAAAUAGUAAAUUAUUUUAUUAAUUCUGAA